GAAGGGAUUUGAGUCUGCUCUCUCCUCUCUCUCUCUCUCUCUCUCUCGGGGCGCCUGCUGGUUGGGGAAGCUGGGCGCCUCUUUGCGGGGCCGCUUUAACAAAGGAAGCACCCUCCCUUUUGGGGGGAAUCCCGGCGGAGGAGCGGCAAGGAGCCCGAGUUUCCCUCCUCCUCCUCCGUCUCUUGGUGCGGAAAGUUGUUGGGGAAGAAGGGAGCGGAAGGAGGAGGGAAGCGGGGCGCCGAGGGCGAGGCGUCCAGGACAGCAGGGUCCUCGGGCGGCUGCCACGAUGCUCUCCAACUCCCAGAACCAGAACCCGCCGGGACUCUUCCCCGGCCCCCCUCCGCCGCCGCCGCCCCCUCCGCCUCCCCAGCAGCAGCAGCAGCUGCAGCAGCAGCAACAAUUGGCUCAGCAGCAGCAGCAGCAGUUCCCCCAGUUCCACCUGAAGUCUGCCCUCCCGAUCAAGAAGAAUGCCAUCACGGACGACUACAAGGUCACCACCCAGGUCCUGGGGCUGGGCAUCAAUGGGAAAGUGCUGGAGAUCUUCAGCAAGAAGACUGGGGACAAGUUCGCCCUCAAGAUGCUGCAAGAUUGUCCAAAAGCUCGCAGGGAGGUGGAGCUCCACUGGAGAGCAUCUCAGUGUGCUCAUAUUGUGAAGAUUAUAGACGUCUAUGAAAACCUUUACCAGGGUCGAAAAUGUCUCCUGAUAGUCAUGGAAUGUUUGGAUGGUGGGGAACUCUUCAGUCGAAUUCAAGACAGAGGAGACCAAGCUUUCACAGAAAGAGAGGCUUCUGAAAUAAUGAAGAGUAUUGGAGAAGCCAUUCAAUAUUUACACUCAAUCAACAUUGCACACCGAGAUGUUAAGCCAGAAAACCUCUUAUACACUUCAAAAAGACCGAAUACUGUAUUAAAACUAACUGAUUUUGGCUUUGCUAAAGAAACCACCACCCAUAACUCCUUAGCUACACCGUGCUACACACCAUACUAUGUAGCUCCAGAGGUACUGGGCCCAGAGAAAUACGACAAGUCCUGUGACAUGUGGUCCCUUGGCGUCAUCAUGUAUAUUUUACUGUGUGGCUAUCCCCCUUUCUAUUCCAACCAUGGCCUGGCCAUUUCACCAGGCAUGAAGAAACGGAUCCGGAUGGGUCAAUAUGAGUUUCCAAAUCCAGAGUGGUCUGAAGUAUCAGAGGAAGUCAAACAGCUCAUUCGAAAUUUACUGAAAACGGAUCCAACCCAGCGAAUGACUAUAACAGAGUUCAUGAAUCACCCCUGGAUCAUGCAAUCAAUGCAGGUGCCACAGACACCACUGCACACUAGUAGAGUUUUGAAAGAAGAAAAAGACCUAUGGGAGGAUGUUAAGGAGGAGAUGACAAGUGCCUUGGCCACCAUGAGAGUGGAUUAUGAACAAAUCAAGAUUAAAAAAAUUGAAGACUCAUCUAAUCCAUUGCUUAUGAAGAGGAGAAAGAAAGCAAACCCCCCUGAACCUACAGCACUCCCUCAUUGAGGGCUCAGUAGACAAGCCUGGUGGUUGUCAAAGCAAUAACUAUAUCUAUAUAUUUUUAAAAACAAAUCAGAGAUAAGACUGUCAUAUCAAACGCAUGGAAUUCAGAUCUUUAUACCAGACUAGUUAUUUUUUUAGCUGCCCCUCAUGAUUCUGGCCUUUAUGGGGGUCAGGCAAGAGACAGCUGUGUUCUGUACAAUACCUAAUGCUACUUUAUUUUUAUUUUUGUCCUGUAGGGGAAAAAGCUUUUGGUAAUUAGAUUUUUAUUGGUAAAAAUCUCCCCUUGGUUUUCCCCCUCCAGAGACACUGAAAUUCCUCUGAUCUGCAUAUUUAAGAGUGUGUGUACACCCACUCCCACUCCCACUCCCACUCCCACUCACCUGCUGUAGGGCUGAAAUCCAGACAGUCAGAGUCCUGUGCUAAGUACUGUAUUGUUGUUUUUAGAGUUAAAGGCUAUCAGUUUGUGUCAAAGAAGAGUCAAGGCUGUUGAAGAGAUGCCACUUGAAGCGAAGGUAUUGUUGAUACUGUGGUCUUCAUUUAACACCAGGAACUGUUCCUUUGCUGUUGGACCUUAAGUGUAAUUUAAGGUCCUGGGAGUCACUCAGUUGUCCCAAGUACAAGACACCUCUUAACUGGAAACCUUCUCUCUCUCUCUCUGGGUAUGCACAGGAUUAUUAUGUGUGAAUUUGUGGAUUAAAUACAAUAAUGUUCUAGGAUGUAUACUGAAUGUCUGUAAUGUCUCUGUGGGCAGGAAGGCCUCCCCCCCCCCCCGCCACUUUUGUAGUCUUGAAUUUAUGAGGGGCUCUGGAGUGGAAUCUAUGAUGCACCCAGAAUUCAGUUAUGAUCUCAGGGUUAUUUGGGUGACUGGGGUGAAAAGUUGUGUGAUUGAUGACUGUUUCACAAGCUGAGGUGACCUUCCCAAAGCACUACACCAGCAUAUAUCCUGUUACCCAGUUUCCAUCACCAUCUAAUUUAACAUAAAAGCAUAAAUCCUGGUGCAGUUUAAAAGUCCUGCUGUCAAAGGCUGCAGGCUCAUGUCCUCAAGGAACAUUUUCUAGUGGCUACUGCAUUAUUGUUCUUACCGCUGUUCACAGCCACAACUUUACCAAGAACCUACAACUCGCUGGAGUGCACAACAGAGGCUGAAAUCUGAGCUAUGCAUCCCACUGCAAAAUAGCUUGAGGCCUUUAAGGGUACAAUCUACCAUCUCGACACUCUAAUGUGAAAAAUGGGAAUACCUUAAAAAUAUGGCUUUGCUGGGUGGACUCUUUGGUGUCCUUUGGUGUUGCUUGACCACAUAGCAGAAAUGUUAAUAAUAUAUGGUAAGAUUAUAAAGGUUUUGUCUGUGAAACUAAAAAGGGUCAGUUGGAAUUUGAAGGAGACAGGAUAGAACCUGUAUGGACUGUAGACCAGCUGUUAUUCUAGUUUUCUGCUAGGACACAGUUGCCUAAGGUCAAGCCUUCUUAAGUCUUACUCUAAGAGUACGUUCUACAAGAAAAAGGUAAAGGAUCCCUUAACAUAAAAUAUUGCCUCACUAUGCUGGUAGUCAAUCCAUUUGUAUGACUCUUUCUGUAUAUUGUUAGUCCAUGAAUGAAUAUUUUUGCCAUGUUUGUUUCACUGGCAUUUUAAUGUUUUCUUUUUUAAACCCACACUUUCUUUUUUCUUUUUUUUAAAGAAAGGUUUAGGUUUAGGUGACAUUUUAGACACUGUAUGGAAUUUUAAUUUGUAAAAAAAAAGUUUCAUUUUUUUGUUGGUGUCUCAUUGCUGAAACAAAUUAUUUGAUCUGCUUACCCCAUUCUGGAUUAAAGACACCUAAUACAUCA